AUGUGGGGUGCCAGGGGGGAGGAGAAGGCCGGCGGCGCCUGCGAGGAAUGGAGCUACCAGCUGGGGAACAAGGAUACGCUGAGUUUGAAAGCUCCAAAGAAGUCGCCCCUUGCGUUGAGAAUGGUUGUUCUCACCAUGACUAUGAUCUGUGGGGUGUUUAUUUGCUCAAUGUGUAUGAAGCAGCUAGGAAGCGACAGCUGGUCAAGGAUAGUGAAGAUUCAAGUUGCAGAACAGUCCUGCAAUAAGUCUUUAGUUCCUCCUUCUGAGGUUCAGUUUGUGCAUUAUCCGCAACCACUAAAUUACAGCAGGAAAGAAUGCACCUGUACCCCUGUCCGCUUCUUUGCAAUUAUCUCAUCGCAGCGGUCUGGAAGUGGCUGGUUCGAAACCCUUCUAAACAGUCACAUAAAUGUUAGCUCUAAUGGAGAAAUCUUCUCGAAGAAAGAAAGGAGGAGCAACAUUUCAUCUAUAAUAAAGACAAUGGACAUGGUCUAUAACUUGGAUUGGAAUAGUAGCGCUUCCAAGAAUGAGUGCACUGCUGCUGCUGGCUUCAAAUGGAUGCUUAAUCAGGGUCUUGUGGCAAAUCACGCUGCUGUGGUUGAUUACUUCAACCAAAGAGGAGUGUCUGUGAUAUUUCUGUUCAGAAGGAAUCUCCUCCGUCAGAUGGCGAAUAUACUUGCAAAAUACAAGCCUAGGCUCAACACAACAACAUUAAUGUGGAGUCUGAAACAGGCAGAUGACUACACUCGCAAAGCUCUUGAAAACCUAAAGAGCGUCCGUCACAUUACAUUGUACUAUGAGGAUCUCAUCCAAAACAGAACAAUGCUUGGUGAGGUGCUGGAUUUCCUCAAAGUGCCAGUGAGGAAAUUAGUCAGCCGGCAUGUGAAGAUACACACGAAACCGCUGUCGGAUCAAAUUGAAAAUUGGGAUGAAGUCUAUAAUGCCCUGAAUGGCACCAAGUUUGAAAGUUUCUUGAAUGCUGACUACCGAACAUGA